AUAAAAUUAUGUAAUGAUUGACUUUUGGUUGCUUUGUUUCGUUUUUUUGGUUUUCCAAUGUUGUUUGGUUAGUGGUUUCACAUAUUCAAAAGCUUGUCGUUGGAUAGUACCUUUUAAUGAUACUGUAUCUUACUGGAAGAGUACUGGAACUGGAAAAACAAUUGAAUCCACUAUUCAGAAUUCGCUCUUCUCGGUGGAAAAAGCAAAACUUUGUGAACAGCACAGCCUUGAAAAAUUGGCAGAAUGUCUAUUUGAGGACCCUGAUAUCGUAUUCUGGACUCGAUUUCUAUCCGGAGUUCAACUUGAAAAGUUUUAUUUGCUGUUGACUGAUUGGUUUGAGAAGAACAGUCAGUGUCCUAAACUUUUUGUCGUUCAUGUUCAACACGGUUUGGGUAAUAGACUUCGUGCUCUUGCUUCUGCUCUUGCUUACGUAGAGCUGAUACCUCACAUACCUAUCCUUAUUUGGGAGUGUGAUCACCAUAUGGGAGCAAAGUGGGAAGAUUUGUUCGAAGAUUUAUCCAAUGUAGUGAUAUCACCUGUAGAAGAUGAAAGUCUUUUGAAGAAUCCAUUUGGUAAUUUCUUUGUAAUUGAUUAUAUGAAGGUGACUACCAGGCAAAGAUAUCCAUUGCCUUUGGAGUACACCAUCUCACAGCACAUUUACUGGAAAAGUGCUUAUUUAUUACAUGUUGUUGGUUACCAGUCAGCGCAGAUAAUCCGUCGCUUUCAUUAUUUGGUAAAGUCGCAGUUCUCUAAACUGAUUCCUAUUCAGCCAUUGAAACAAGUCAUUUUGGAAAACUGCCCAAGAGAACCCUUUAUAGGUUUCCAUAUUCGACAACGUUUGCUUCAUGAAGAGAAAUUCGUUACGAAGAAUCCUCAAUUGGAGUAUGGUUAUUUUUCAGCUCGUAUAAUAGACAAAUAUAGAAGUAAGAAUAGAGUAGCUUACUUUUGUACUACGGCAUCAACGUUGCUUUCGUUAUAUCCUUCCAUCUCUAUUUAUACCGCAGCAGACUCAUAUCUUUCGUAUGAGCAAUUGUUUCAUUGUGUACAGAACAAGAUUGCAGUGGAUCAUCGAAGAUUAUUGCCACUUUCUAUCUCUACUUGUGAAAAUAGAAGCAGACUGUGUAUUCAAAAGGCUUUAGUUGAUUUGUAUUGUCUUUCUCAAUCUAACUUGUUGUUUGGGAGUUUGUGGAGCUCCUUUACGGAAGUUGCGCAUUGGUUGAACUCGAAUGAUCAGUCUCUUGUUUACUUGCACACAAAUUUAUUUUUUAGGAAUGGAAGUUUUAGGAAUGAAACUGAAUUUCUCAUGAAUGUCGAAGAGAAAUUGACAUUCAUUUUGUCGUGAGUUUGUGCAAUACAGAUGAAAUGGAAUAUUCUAUUCACAACACUAACUACAUAAAUGGUGCCAUGAAACGACCUUGUAAGAUAUUGAGAUAUUCUAUUCCUAGGUCUUACUUGAAAAGCAAUAUUUGAUUGACUUGUUGCAAGAGUUUAUCGACAGUGCGGUAUGAGUAGUCGUUGGAACAGAACAGAAAAAUGUGUAAUAACAAUCUCAUUGACAACUCAAACAAGCCAUAUCACUUUUUUUGUAUGAUGAAUGGACAGAGAAUAAUAUGUCCACAAAGAAUUAUUCAUUUCGAAAAUGAUUAAGCCAUUGCUGUGAUUCUUUACAUUUGUUAGUAAGUAACUUCUAACGGACUUAAGUCUAUCUCAUGAAAAUUUAAAAAUGAUCAAAUAGCACACUCUUCAAGGCACAACUAAUUGAGUUUCAAAGUGAAAGGUAUUCUUUUUCAUCGAUUAUCAGGAACAGUUGUAGAUGACUUGGUCAUCCUAUGUAGCAAAUAAUAGGUCAAUGAUAUAAAUCCAUUUUAUCACUCCCAAUUCCUCAAACAUUCGCAGUAUUGUAAAGACUAGAUAUGUGUCAGAGUCCCAGUGUAAUGGUAUCAUUCAAAAGAUUUUUUAAAGUCUUUCAAUUUUUGUCUCAUGGAGAUUCAUUUU